AUGGCGGUUUCUUACUCUUCCUCACUGUCGACCUUCUCCGCCGCCGCCGCCGCCGCCGCAUUUUCGGAAACGAAGCCUUCCAUCGGUCCCGCCUCCUCUCAGGCUGUCAGAUUUCCCUCCAUUUCUUCGGCGCGCCCAUUUAUCGUGCCAUUCACAUCCAACUCUCCUGUCGUCCGCAAUCAACGCGCAUCCUUCGUAGCUCCACGCGCCGCCGCCGAGUCUCCCUCGUCGACCACCACCUCGCCUACCUCCUUCCAUGGCCUCUGCUACGUCGUCGGGGACAACAUCGACACCGACCAGAUCAUCCCCGCCGAGUACCUCACCCUCGUCCCUUCGAACCCCGCCGAAUACGAAAAGCUCGGCUCCUACGCCCUAAUCGGCCUCCCGGCUUCCUACGAGAAGAGAUUCAUCGAGCCGAACGAGACAAAGACGAAGUACUCCAUCGUGAUUGGUGGAGAGAACUUCGGGUGUGGCUCGUCUCGCGAGCACGCUCCGGUUGCUCUGGGAGCUGCGGGAGUGGCGGCGGUGGUGGCGCAGUCGUACGCGAGGAUCUUCUUCAGGAACUCGGUCGCGACUGGAGAGGUUUAUCCGCUAGAGAGUGAGGUUAGGGUUUGCGAGGAGUGCAGGACUGGCGAUGUGAUAACGAUUGAGCUGGGAGAGAGCCGAUUGAUCAAUCACACGACCGGAAAGGAGUACAAGUUGCAGCCGAUUGGCGAUGCCGGUCCGGUGAUCGAGGCCGGCGGGAUUUUCGCAUAUGCGAGGAAGACUGGGAUGAUUCCGCAGUCUGCUUGA